AACCAUUGAGCAGAAUGUUGAUGAUAAUCCUUGUCGAAAACGACGGAAAUUGCGCCGCAUAGAGGAUGACCAUUCACCAUUCAUAGCACAUGAGGAGCAUUUGAACCCACGGCUUUAUCGAAUAUAUAUACAGAAAAAGAAAUAUCAGCAUUUUUAUAAUUAAAUAUCUGUUGUUGUUGGUAUAAAUUUUUGCAAUAUAUUGACUGGAAGGAAAGACUGGACAGUGGUCAGUUGUUUCAGAAGGCUCCUUAAAUCCUUCUAACACGUGUUAAUGGUUUUUGUCCAGGCCUAGUAUUGACUGUGAACAAGCAUUUGUGAGAAGCCCUUAGUUUUGUUUACAUCAGUCAUCUUCCUCCAGGAGCAGGCUGCUGUUACAGUACUCCGAUAAUGACAGCUGUACUUUUUACGGGUAUCGUUUUGUUCGUAGUGACAAAUGCCUACAGUUCAACAGACGCAGGAAGAUUAUCCGCAUCUGAUGAAGAAGAUGCUACAAGUCCGAUAGUUUUAAGAUCUUCGGAGGAUGAGUAUUUUGAUGUCAUCCCUUCUCUUGAGAGCGAAGCCUACAAACAUACUGAAGCUCUAACAGAGAGUCACAGCAAAUUGGUAUUUGAAGAACUUAUCACAGUUACUCCAAACUCAGCUGUGCACACUUUUGAAACUAAUUCUUUGUCUCACGAAAGCAAUUCAUUGGGUACUAAUACAAUAAAUCUUUCCAUUCUUAUGAAAUAUUUGUUAGAUAAUACAACUUACGGAGACCUUCCGAGUAGCGAAUUUAAAUCGUUAUUUUCAGAAGUAUUGACCACAUACACGGACAAUGAGGAAAUAUCCUCAACGGAUUGGAUUACUUCUUUGCAGAUAAGGCCUACAGUAGUGGAAACAAAUUAUCUGUCAACCCCGGACGUUGCUCGUAGUUUGCAGAUCGAACCAACUACAGUGAAAGCAACUUUGCUGCCUUCUGUGAAAAAGGAAAAACGACUAAAUGUUACCUCUGAUCAAGGAAAGCCCGAAGAAGAACCAAAUAGAAAUGAAUCCUUAAAUAUUGUUAAUAAUUUCUUUAAAGAUUUAAUAGGUGAUUUAUCCUUUCUUCUCAAUGGAAAAAAUAUAACUAAGAGUAUGUUAGAUACAUUGCCAUACUUUAAGGAUGAUUAUACAAAAGAUGGUAAAGCACUCUCGGAAAUUACUCCGUAUGAUAUUACUGAGCAAACUGCGAAUAUUGCGGAGUUUCCAAGCGACGUUAAUGACGAAUUGAUGACCAGUCAAAAUGUUUUAUUAUCAAACGUAAGCCCUUCUUCCACUACAACUCAUUUAGCAUCCACUAAUGAAACAGAAAAUAAUUUUACUUCCCCAGAAUUUCCAGAAUUAGAUUUGCAGACAAAUGCGACCGUUUCGUCUUCAAAAAUAACACCUUUUGUGAGGGAAAAUUAUCUUGUUUUGAUUCUCCGAAAGAAUUGCACAGAUGAAAACGAUUUUUCUGAAGUUAUUGACUCUUUGAACAGGACUGUUUUGAAUGCUGUUCUUGAUUUGAAUAAAAAUAUGCAGCUUAAUUGUGAGAAAUAUUUUUCACUGAAAUUCCCUAUACAAAAUGCUAGUAUUAUUUCUGAUGCCUCUGCAGCUCAAACUAUGAAAUUUGACCCUCGUUUACUCGAAAAAUUUGAAAUAGUGAGAUACUUUCUAAAUGUCAGCGAUCAUCAAAAUAUCCCUUUAUUUCCGCCUUCUGAAACUUGUGACAGACCCUGGGAGUCGAUUUAUGGAAGGGAAAUUACCAUUUAUAUAAUGGCAACUGUCAAUGUUUCAUUGUUACUUAUAAUUAUCGUUGGCUUUUUCAUUCGUUUCCUCUGCCGUAAACAGACGAAUUCUUUAGAUUUGUGCGAUAUACCUCAUUUAAAUUUAAAGUUAGAAGACUACAAAGUUACUCCAAUCCCUCGACCAACCAUUUGUAUGCCUGAUAGUAAUCGAGAAUUCUUGCACGCUUAUAGUGAAACAUAUAUUAGCCGUCCUUCACGAGCAGAAGAUACUAUAUUAACACAGCACCACUUCUCUGGAAAAUCGUCAAAUAACUUGGAUAUACCUGUCGAACAAAAUCAUUCUGCAUUUCCUCAAGAGCUGCGAACAUUUGGGGCCAAAAGAUCCUGUAGUCGAGUACAGAGCCUUGAUGUGAAAAAUUUGAAUACCGGAUAUGGCACCGAAAGUUGGCUGUUGAAAAAUAAAGGUGACAAAGAUUUGGAAAGAGGUCUCCCAGGAAUUGAUAACCCUUUAUUUAGAAAAUGGUGAACUAAGCUAGAUGAAGUUUUAUCUCCCAUGUUCUUCAAGUUCGUAAACUUUAGCAUGCAUAUGUAGUAGGACCAGUACAGUUUGUAGAUGGUAUUGCUGUGAAAAAUAUUUCCCCAAAUAAAGUUUUCGCAUGCUAAAUAGUUCGAAUUUACAUUCUAGAAAUCUGUAGUUGAAAAAAUCUCGAGCAGUGAUCAAUAAUGAUCUAACAAAUGCUGUUUCACUUCUUUCAUAAGAAGAUAAACGUCUGACAUUCACUUGAUAAAACUGCUUCUUGUAUUAAUACGUAAGCAACUAAAAAGGUUUUUAAGCAUAUUAUUAUGGUGGCAUAUAGCAAUGCUUUGUUCAACAUAUAACUGCAUAGUUACUGUGCAUUGGACUGGAACAUACAUUUACUGUGCAGGCUGUUAUUUAUUUAUUUUAUGAUUAAUAUAACUAUUGUUUUGAGUUUGAUUAUUUGUAACUGAAAAAGUAAUAAAACUUUUACAAUUUCGA